GUCCAUCGUGUAAAAUUUUCCCAUUCAGUCUCGCCAACACCAUCGAGGAGAGUGAACUUUCCAGUGCUGAAGAAAAUGCCAGAGCCAGAAUCACCAUCAAUAAUUGAGUAUUACUGAAAAUAAGGGUGGAAGAACUUUUUCUAACUGAAUUUUGUAUCCUUUUUCUCACUUGGUUAAUUUUUUGUGUGUGUUCCUUUGUUAUCCUUUUUUUUUCAUCACACAAUAAUCUUCGCUGUGAAUUGUGCAGAAGAAUUAAAAAGUGAAAAAGAGUAUUUCGUGCUAGAAAACAAUUUGUGUGAACAGAAGAAAUAACAAAAAAAAAGACGUUAAUCUUCCUUUUCGUUCUUCAUUUCCCAAUAAUAAAUUCACUGUGCAUUUUUUCCGUGACUUUCACCACCCUCAUCCGGGGUUGAUAUGGAAGAUUAAGUGUAAGGAAAAUUAUUUGAGGAAGAAUCUUGCCGCCCCAAAAGUUGUACUGAAGGGGACUCCCAGGGAGGAAGAAGAGACACAUCAAGUGCGAGAUUUGGAGUAAAUUUGUGCCCAGGACGAGGAAGACAGACCCUUUGUCAGCAAUUCAACAACGAAAUCCUUUCGGAGCAACUGCAGAAGGUGAAAAGUGCCCAAAGUGUUGAAGAUUUUCGCAAGCUACUCGAGCGUAUCUCGAAGGAGACCACCAAACGACCACCGAAGAAUGUUCAGGGAGAUCUUGGGAAUCACCUGGAUAUUCUAGUGCCACAGCAAAGGAAACCUGUCAGAGGUCAGCGAGAGAGGAAAGUGAAAUUGCAGAGGAAGAGCGUGGAGGAAGAGGGGAAGGUAAUUGAGGAUUGGAUCGGUAAAUUGGCGGUUAAUUGCCACGAACAGGGAUUUCUGGCACAUCUGAGAUUUCUGGAUGAGUGUACAGCAAGGUUGAGUAAGAAAGACCUGUAUCCGUAUCGAGAACCAUCUCCUACGAGUGUGAAGAGUGAUUCUGGGCGUCGGUCAUACAGAAUCAGUGUUAAAAUUGAUGGUUCACGUUGGACAAAAACUGACCAUCAUGAUGCCAAUCUCAUAGAAAGUUUCACACGUCUCGAUAUAUCUAGAGGAAAUGCCACACUGCCACAAAUAGUCCUGAAUGACGACUUCACAAAUACUGUGGACACUGCUGAACAUCUAACUUCCUCCCGUUAUACUACAGAUACCUCUCCGGAUGUGGCAGAAAGUUUGAAAAGUUUGAAAGUGCCAUCAUUACUAAAAAUCGCCGUUGAGGCCCGAUCGACACUUUCGCGAAAAUUUUCACGCUGAUGCUUCAGCUUUUGUAUUUUCUGGUGUGAUAAGACAAUCCCUAAAUUCCUAAGAAUCACGCACGGAGUAAGAAAUUUUUUUGUUUGUUAAUUUAAGAACAAAAAUUAGCUAAGGUAGAAGAGAAGAGAGAACAAGUAAACAAUCAAAAGUGCCAUUGAUAUGAGACAGAAAUUCUAAGAAGAAAACAAAUUUUCCUUUCAAUUUUCUUUUUUUCUCUGUAAAUUUCCUUUUGUGCUGCAACAACUCAAAUAUUGUACAUAAAACGAUCUCUACAGUCCCCCAUCUCUCAACCGCCCUCCCCCAAGAGAAACAAUUAAGCGAAACAGAUAAACUUACAAGUCAGGAAAAAAAGUUUUAGCGUGAGUGAUUUAUGUAGCCAAGAGAAAUUUGUAGAGAUUAGACAAAAAACAAAAACAAAAUCUGUUCACCUUCCUGCCAUCGAAACAAAACCUCAGAGAGAAAAAAAAAACACCCCCCGACAGGAGCAACAAUGGUUUCAAUGAUGGACGUCGAACCAAGUAAAGGUCAAAUCUGUGAUAGUCGUCCGACAUUGGUGCAAAGUGCCGUGAGUCAGCGCUCAGUGGAACUCCAAAUGCCACCCCGGACACCUGAAGCGGAAGUCACGAAGAAGACACUAAAGCUUAAUUUGAAAAGUGCGUAUCCGGUGACCUCGACACCACCAGGACAGCCCGUUAGUGAAAUCAAGGGGAAAACCACCAUUAAAUCACCAAAGUCACCACUUGGAAAUUCAGGUGUGACAAUAGGGAAUCGCGUGUUACCCCAUCAGACUUCAUUAACGGCACAAAUAGACUUGGUGGAGGAUCGAAAGGCACUUCGUGACGCUCUUUAUCAGGGGAUUUUCCAUCGACACCGACGAACCAUUUUUGCACUUGGCAGUUUUAUUAGGAUGCUUAAGACACGAAAUUCCUCCUACAACACCAUCAGAAGCUCAUCAGAAGGUGAUGAGGAAGGCAGAUAAAAUAUUUUCGAUGGAUUAAUUUAGUCACACACGAAAGAGAAUAUAAAAUACACAAAAAAAGGAGAGACAAAAAGAAUAAGGAGACUCCUCUUUCAUCCAAUCUUUUCGCAGUUUUCUUGAGCUUCUGCCGCCAAAAUAUUUCAACUUCAUCCCAUCUGUAUCCGUCUUUAUUAACAAAAAAACUAAGUAUUGCAUUAUCGAGCAUAAUUAUGUCAUAACUCCGGGUCAUCGUGAGAUAACAACCCGCAAAAAAAAAACUUCCAAGUACGUAAGAUGAAGAAAAAAGAAACAGUUUUUGUAAACUCGUUGAAAAGUAUGUUUUUCGCGGCAAAAAAACGUUGUUGAAAAAUUAUUAUUUUGCAUAGAAAUUAAGCUUUGAGAAUAUUAUUAAAAAAAUGAUAAAAGUUAUUAUGUAUUUGUAUAAAGGAUUAUGCGAAAAUUUUACUAUUAAACAUAACAUUUAAAAAAAAUAGUGAUAGUUUUAGGUAUAGGUUGAGAAAGAGAACCCACACGAUUUUUAACGUAUCACAGACCAAGUAAAUGAUAAACAAAAGGAAACCCACUCACCAGAUGAUAAAAAAGAAUCCCUUAACACUGAGUUUAGCGAAAAUUUAAUACUGAAUACCGCGAAUAUUUGUAUUAAUAAAGGAGCUUAUUAUAUACACGAAAGAGAAAUUUAAAUUUAAAAAAUGAUAUAUACGUUAUUGGAUUAUUAAAAAAAACAUUAAAGGACAUAAACAUAAUUUGCAUUAAGUUUUAGGAAAAAACUUCCUUUGACUGGAACUUCUUUGAGCUCCUCCUGCAAGAAUUAUAAGCCACGCCCCCUCAAGAAAUACUAUCCAAAUAAAGCUAAGAUUCCAGAAUUCAAUUUGAUAUUAGAAUCAUCAGGAUACUGUAAAACCUUCCUGUGAUUUUUCUCUAAAGUUGUGCUUGAAAGCUCAACCCAUUAAAAAUAAACCACGCCCCAGAAAAGUAAGUUUUACAAAAUUAAAGAUAUAAAUAUUAUACUUUUCCUUGAAACUUCCACUGAUCCUUGGAAAUAAUUUCCCGAAAUUCGGGUUUCUGGUUGAGAUGUCAUUUAAAGAAGUAGAGGAGACCGGGGUAGAUUAGCCACCAAAUGUAAUUUUUCAUUGCAUAUAACUUGUACAAAUAAUGUUUGUAUAAGGUUGAUAAAUAUUUCAAUGAAUAGGAAGGGAAGUAUAUAUUUAGUAUAAAGAGUAGUUUUCUCAGUAUUCCUUCGCAGGCAAACUAUAAGAUACCACUAUCUAAUACUAUACGUGGCUAAUUCUUCACCGGUCUCCCCUAGGUGUCUUUUCAAGUGGGCGUGGCAUUCAAAAGUUAUCCCUUUGUACUGCGCUUUUGACACUUUUAGACAAUCUUUCAGGAUAAUUGAGAAAAAUGGGAUAAAUGGUGCCAUAUCAUCUACAGAAUUUUCGCUUAAGCUGUUCCUAAAAGCUUAGCGCAUGCAAAUUAAGCCACGCCCCUAAAAACGUUAAAUUUAUAUUACAGAAUAAAAUUUACGAUUUAUUUUAACCCAAUAACUUCCGCUUAUCUUCCGGGUUAAUGAAUCAAAAUUGAGCUUUCUAGUAUAAGCACUAUACUAUUCAAAAAGCAAGCUUGCAUUCAAGUGGGCGUGGCAUCCAAAAAUUUACUCUGCGCAACACGUUUUAUUCUUUUGGACUAUCUCACAGGGUGAUUAACAAAAAGGGGUUUUGUGGUGCUGUUUUACCUAUUGAAUUUUCGUCUAAAGUUGAUCCUGAAGAUUUUGCCCAUGCAAAACUAAGCUACGCCCAUUAAAGGUUAGAUUUACAAAAUAAAUGUUAUAUGACUUAAUUUGUCCAAGAAAUUCCGCCGAUCUCUGCAAAUAAUUAACCAGGAUUAAAUUUUCUAGUAGAUAUAUUAUGUACAAGAAAUAGGCGUCUAUUCAAACGGGCGUGGCUUCACUAAAUCAUCUCCUUGCGAAGCACUUUUGAGUCUUUUUGUCAAUUUUUCACGAUAAGUGACAUAAAAGAAUUUUUGUGGUGCUAUCUCAUGUGUAGAAUUCUCGUAGAAAGCUGUUCUUGAAAGCCUUACCCAUGCGAAAAUAAGCCACGCCCCCAUAAAAGUUACAUUUACAAAGCGAAGGUUAUAUGAUUUAUUUUCCUUAAGAACUUCCGCCGAUCUUAGCAAAUAAUUAACCAAGGUUCAACUUUCUGGUAGAUACAUUAUGUACAAGAAGUAGACGUGUAUUCAAGGGGGAGUGGCAUCAACAAAGUAUCUCUGCGCACAGUAUUUUAACUCAAGGCAAAAAGAGGAAGAGUCCCCAAAGUAAAAAAAAAAUAUGAAGUGAAAUAUGAAUUUGUUAAUUAUAAUUAGGCAAUGAAGAAGAUCCCAUUCAGGAUAGAAUCGUUGACUAAUAAAAUAUAUUGAAGAACAAUAAAACAGAUCGAAGUUCCACCUUGCCCAGCCUCGAACGUUCAUUCGGUCAACAACCAGAACCAGAAAUGACUUGACUUUUUUGGACAACCUUUUAAGAGAAUUGACAAAAAAUGCUUUUUGUAGUUCUAUCCUACUUAUAGAAUUCGCGUGGAAAGUUCUUCUUGAAAGCUUUGUCCAUGCAGAAAUAAGCCACGCCUCUAAAAGAAUAGAUAAAUUUACAAAACUGUAGUUAUAUGAUUUAUAUUUCCAAAGAACUACCGUCAUUAUUUGGGAAUAAUUAUCUAAAAUUUCUAAUGAUGAGACAUUCAUUACAAGAAGCAGGCAUCUACUCAAGGGGGCGUGGCAUCAAUAAAUCAUCUUUUUGUGCAUCACUUUUGAGUCAGUUACACAAUUAAUAAUUCUCAAAAACGGGUUUUUGUGGUGCUAUCUAACAUACAGAAUUUUCAUACGUUCAAGUUGUGCCUGAAGGCUUCAGCCAUGCAAAAGAUAAACCACGCCCAUAACAAGUUAGCAUUAGUCUUUAAGUGGGCGUGGCAUUAAUAAAUCAUGUCUUUUCCCAGCAUUUUCGACCUUUUUGAUAAUAUUUCAGCGUAAUUGCCCAGAAAUGGUUUUAUUUUUGGUGUUAGAUCACCUAUAGAAGAACGAGAAGUCUUUCUGAUUACACACAAAAUCUAAAAUAGCCUUGCCCUCUCUCUCAUAUUCACAAUAAACCACAUAGAAAAUUCUUUAUUAGAGUCAAAUGUUCUCUCCCGGAGUGGCCGGAAAAAAAACAGUAAAUCCUGAAAUCAGUUAGAAUCCUAGAACAAAUAGGCGUGGAUUGCAAGUGGGCGUGGCUUGACUUAAUUUUCCCUUUAUUCAGUACUACUAGUAACUUUUCGGAUAAUUUAUCAAUCCUGGUAUUUCUGGGAAGGAUAUUAUUUAAAACAAAUUGUUUAAAAUACUUCGGAACACAUCAGAGCUCUUUUUUAGCCACUUAUUUUCCAGCCAAUGCAAUUUCACAACCGCUCAAAAAAGUAAAUUAAAAAUCAGUACCCCGUGUUUUCUAUUUUGAUCGUUGGCGCUGAUGGUGGCGAAUUCUAAUUCAAAGUCAAACGGAUAGCCAACGUAUUUCUUUUGAAUAUUAAUUUCAGACAGUGGUCUCUAAGUGGGUGUGGCUUAUUUUCCAAAAAUGAGGACGGUAGGUACCACCUCAGAUUUGAUCUUCUGAAGUGAUUUGUUUGGGAACGCAUAAGAGGGUAUUAAAAUUAAAUAAAAAAAUAUGAAAACUCAACCCUAAUUGGACAGAGCCUUUUAAACCCCGAAGGCGUGGUCUAUAAUUGUAUGUAGGAGAAGCUUAUUAAAGAGAAUAAAAAAUUCCAGGAAAAAAAGGUAAAAAAAAAGAAAGUUCCAGUAAAAUCAAGGAAGGUCCCAAGAUUUACUAUAACAAUAACAAUUACCAUAAAAAAAUAAAUUUAAAAAAAUAUAAAUAUAAAAGAAAAACUGUAAAUUAGAGGAAGAAGAAAUAUAAAAGAUAGAAGAGUGAAAGAGUAAAGCGUUAGAAAAAUAUUUUACACACAUCAUAUCAAUGAAUUUUUAUUCACAAUUUUAUACCGAGAAAAAAAGGAGCCUCUUGUGUACUUUGAGCCCCGUUUUUUGUGAACAAGAAGAAAAAGAGAAAUGCAAUUUUUUAAUAGAAGAGAUAGGUGACAUUUGCAACAUAGAAAGAAAGUUUAGGCAAAGGGUAUAUUAGAACAGCAAAGAAAAAAAUUGUAAAUAUAGAGAAAAAACACAGGGAUUUAAUAUGGGUACGAUUUAGCUAAAAAAAAUUGUUAAUUUUCUCUUUUUAAUUUUACCAUUUGGGUAGUUAAGUUUUUUCGUUGCAAAACAACAUUCCUCUAUCCUUCCACAGAGGGGAAAGUAAACUUGGAACAUCAGGAUGUUAUUAUUAAAAUUUAGGAAAUGAUUUAUCCCUGUGCACUAUAAGAAAAAUUCCGAGGUUAUUGUAAAAUUCUUGGAGAUAAAGAAAAAGAAAAACACUUUUAUAAUUGUUAUAUUUCCCAUUUGUAUUCGAGAUGAUGAUUUUGGAGAGAAAUAAAUAACUGUUAUUGAAGAUUA